AUUUCCUUAUUCUCUCCACUCCGAAUCCGAAACCUUUUGAGAGGAGACUGAAAUGGCGUCAAAUGACCAAACUACCCCUCCUCCUCGUCCUCCUCCUCCUCCUGAGAACUUAAACGGCUCCUCCUCCGCACCCUUAGAAGAAGGAAAGAGCAUCAGUAAAAAGGCCGCAAAGAAAGAGGCCUUGAAAGCUGAGAAAGCCAUGAAGCGUCAGCAAGAAGCUGCUGCUACUGCGGCAUUGUCUGCAAAUUCCCAAGAAGCCGACCCUCUUUCCAUAAAUUACGGCGAUGCCCCACUCGUCGACCUCCAAUCGAAGGCGGUCAGCGGCCGGAAUUGGACUGAUAUCCAUUCGUUAACUGAGGACUUGAAGGAUAAGCAGGUUCUGAUCCGUGGGCGGGCCCAGACGAUCCGAGUCGUUGGAAAGAACGUGGCGUUCGUUGUCCUGCGGAGGAAGGGUUUCACGGUCCAGUGCGUCGUUACUGUCACUCAGGAGCUUGUCAGUAGGCAGAUGGUUAAGUUCGCUGCUGGCCUGAGUAGGGAGUCGAUCGUGGAUAUCGAAGGAAUCGUUACCGUUCCUGGAAUUCAGAUAAAGGGCGCCUCGCAGCAGGUGGAGGUACAAGUAAGAAAAAUCUACUGCAUCAGCAAAGCAGUGCCGAAUCUGCCUAUCAAUAUUGAGGAUGCUGCUCGGAGUGAAAAAGAAAUCGAGGAUGCUAAGAAGGCUGGAGAACUGCUUGUCAGUGUUGUUCAAGACACACGUUUAAAUUAUAGAGUUCUCGACAUGCGGACAACUGCUAAUCAAGGGAUAUUCCGAAUUCAAUCUCAAGUUGGAAAUAUAUUCAGACAGUUUUUGUUAUCCGAGGACUUUGUUGAGAUCCAUACUCCAAAGUUGAUAGCAGGCUCAAGUGAAGGUGGCUCAGCUGUUUUCAAGUUGGACUACAAAGGGCAGCCUGCUUGCCUAGCACAGUCACCUCAGCUUCACAAGCAAAUGUCGAUUUGUGGUGAUUUUGGGCGUGUUUUUGAGAUUGGUCCUGUUUUCCGAGCAGAGGACUCCUACACACACAGGCAUUUGUGUGAGUUUACUGGUCUUGAUGUUGAAAUGGAGAUUGAGGAACACUAUUUUGAGGUCAUGGACAUUGUGGACCGCUUAUUCGUGACAAUGUUUGACAGAUUGAAUGAAAAAUGCCAGAAGGAACUUGAUGCAAUUGGAAAGCAGUAUCCUUUCAAACCUUUGAAGUACUUGCGGAAGACUUUACGACUUACUUUCCAAGAGGGGGUUCAAAUGCUUAAGGAAGCUGGUGUAGAAGUUGAUCCUCUGGGGGAUCUAAAUACAGAAUCAGAGAGAAAAUUGGGCCAGCUUGUUCUGGAGAAGUAUGACACGGAGUUCUACAUACUUCAUCGCUAUCCAUUGGCUGUUAGACCAUUCUACACCAUGCCAUGUUAUGAUGACCCUGCUUAUAGUAACUCAUUCGAUGUUUUCAUUCGAGGUGAGGAGAUCAUUUCAGGAGCUCAACGCGUACAUGUACCCGAGUUUUUGGCUACCCGUGCAGAGGCCUGCGGUAUUGAUGUCAAGACUAUAUCAACAUACAUUGAUUCUUUCAGGUACGGAGUCCCUCCACAUGGUGGUUUCGGUGUGGGUUUGGAGCGUGUGGUAAUGCUCUUCUGUGCUCUGAACAACAUCCGCAAAACAUCACUUUUCCCACGCGACCCACUCAGGCUAGCCCCCUAAUUUCAACGGAGUUUUUUUUUCUGGUUGGGGGGGGGGGGAGACCAGUAAUUCGGAUUGUCUCUGGGCCUUCUAGAGGGUAGAAGCAAUGAAAAAUAAGAAUAAAAAGAAAAAGAAAAGGAGAUUUACAAUGGUUUUUGGGGUCCAAACUAGAGUCCCAAAUAUAGUUAUUUUAGAUGCCAAAAUGAUCUUAGUUUAUCAAUUGAUUUAAAGGCGCCCAUCAUGGGUGGGAGAUGCGCCAAAAAUCUCCCAUAUUGGAAGAUGGUGAGCCUUUAACCUUUGGCCUAUGUUUUGUUCAACAUCGGCAGUUGCUUUAUUUAUUUAUUUGUUCUCAA